CGGCGUCGCUGGCGCCGUGGAUUUCGCCGCUUCCGAGGAGCGUUCCGUAACGGGCACGCUCACCUCACCCCCCUCUCUCUACAUAAAGGAGACCACGUCCGCCGCCAUCACCGAACACAUCUCAUCCACAGUUCGUCUCUGAUCUCCCACUACCACCACCAACACCGUCGCCACAACCCGGGAUCGCAAGCCACCGGCGAAGAUGCAGAUCUUCGUGAAAACACUGACAGGCAAGACGACCACGCUCGAGGUCGAGAGCAGCGACACCGUCGAGAACGUUAAGGCCAAGAUCCAGGACAAGGAAGGCAUCCCGCCGGAUCAGCAGCGGCUCAUUUUCGCCGGGAAGCAGCUGGAUGACGGCCGCACCCUGGCUGACUACAACAUCCAGAAGGAGUCCACGCUGCACCUGGUGCUCCGCCUCCGCGGCGGCGGCAGGGGCGGCUACCCCACCAUGCGCGUCCCGUGGGAUCUCAUCAAUCUUGCCCGCAAGCACAAUGAGAAGAAGAUGAUCUGCCGCAAGUGCUAUGCACGCCUUCACCCCAAGGCCACAAACUGCCGCAAGAAGAAGUGCGGCCACAGCAACGCGCUGAGGGCCAAGAAGAAGCUCAUGUGAACCAUUUGGGAAUUAAAGCUCACAAGCGACGACAAUCUGUGGGUCAUCUGAUAACGCCAUGCGUCAAAUCAGCUGAAUAAUUUGUCUCGAGCGUUUUACAUCUGUUAUCAGGAGUUGUUAGUUUUUGUCCUACUUUAAUUUUCAACUUAAUGCUGAACCUUCUUUACUCUUUCAUGAACUCGAUCGAUGUCAUUUCGUGGCGUGGCAGUGGCAUUGUUACCAAUGGUACUGGAUAUGCCUUUUGUUGGAUG